AUGAACAAAAUUUACCACUUCGAGAAUGUAUCUGCACUGGAGCAGACCGAGGAGGCAGAACUGGAAGCACCUAUCAGCAUUGCGUGGGCUACACCUUCAGGUGCAGAAUGCUCUCUCGAGGAAAUCGAUGUAAUUGAGCAAUGGGGUCCGCAGAUGGACAACGAGGAGAAGGUUCCAAGCGUGAUCUCUUACUCGCGUUCAAGUCAGGCCGGGGAGCAGCAAUGGGGUAAGAGUCUGAGCGCAGAUGCAGUGACAAUGAUUCACACUAAGUUGGAGCUUGGCGUGGAAGAUCUAUUAGGGGAACUUGACAUGACUUUACAGGUUCUGGACGGCAUGAAGAAUCUGAACUUUGACGAGAUGAUGUUGAGCAAAGGCCAGAACGACCUACCGCCGUAUUCUCACAAGAGCCCGGAGGAGAUUGUGACAGACUACCUCGAGAAAUUGUUUGCUUACGUGCAAAUGGAAGUGCGAGUAGACGAGAAUAACGUGUUCGCCAAACACACAACGACGGAUAUUGUUGUCACAAUACCCACAGUAUGUCCACAGAUCUCUCGGCGUGAAAAUCUAUUGACGAAGCUUUAG